AUGGCUUUUCCCAUUCUGCAUGCCCGCGCAGAGGCCAAGCCCAUGGAGCAUCGUUCAAUGCUCACACCCACAACUGCUAAGAAGCUACUUGACGCCGGCUACCCCGUCCUGGUGGAACGAAGCUCUACGAAUCCCCACUUCCGUCGCAUCUUCAAAGACGAAGAAUUUGAAGCUGCCGGCGCAACCCUAAUCGAGGAGGGUUCAUGGGAGAGCGCACCUAACGACCACAUAAUCAUUGGCCUCAAGGAGCUCCCGGAGAAGGAUACGCCAUUGUCACACACAUUUGUGCACUUUGCCCAUUGCUACAAGAACCAGGGCGGCUGGGAGCAGGUGCUGGCAAGAUUCCCCCGCGGAGGAGGAACGCUCUAUGACCUAGAGUUCCUGCAAGACGCCUCUGGCAGGCGAGUUGCAGCGUUUGGCUACCAUGCUGGCUUUGCUGGCGCUGCAUUCGCUGUCAAAACCUGGGCAUGGCAGCUCACCCACCCGAACGGUGACCCACUUCCCGGCAUAGACCAAUUCACAAACGGCAGAGGAUACUACGAGAACGAAGACGAGCUCAUCGCUCAGCUCAAAGAGGACAUUGCUGCAGGCGAGAAGGUUGCAGGACGCAAGCCCACUAGCCUCGUCCUGGGAGCUCUUGGCAGGUGUGGCAGUGGAGCUGUUGACUUGCUGGAGAAGAUUGGAUGCACAGAGAUCAAAAGUUGGGAUCUCGCAGAGACCUCGGAGAAGCCAGGUCCAUACCCCGAGAUCAUCGAAUCUGACAUUUUCGUCAAUUGCAUCUACCUCUCCAAGCCAAUCCCACCCUUCGUGAACGCCGAGAGCCUAGCUUCACUGAACCGCAAGCUCAGCGUUGUCUGCGACGUCAGCUGCGACACCACCAACCCGCACAACCCCAUUCCAAUCUACUCUAUCAACACCACUUUCGACAAGCCCACGGUGCCAGUGCCCGUCACGAGCGGCCCACCGCUCUCGGUCAUCUCCAUUGACCACCUUCCCUCCGCUCUUCCGCGAGAGGCAUCAGAAGCCUUCAGCGAAGCGUUGCUUCCGAGCUUACUCGCCCUUAAGGACAGGCAGACGACGCCCGUGUGGCAGGGAGCCGAGAAGCUGUUCCAAGAGAAGGUUGCCACUUUGCCCGAAGGCAUGGCCAAGAGAGAAGUGUAG